GGCUGCUUUUUUGUACAAUUUGUUGGCAAACCAACAAAAAAGGCAACCGCCUCAGUUAAGAAACGCUUCAGUUUGCUCGCUCGCUCGCACACACACACACACAUAAAGACAGCAUGAGGCAGCCCAGCAGACAGCAACUCCUCGCACUCGCUCUAUGCAGCGCCGUGUGCCUUAUCAGCGCCGUGCCACUGCCACAGCCAGCCGGCAAUCAGGAGCUGGAUGUCCUGCAGAUACCGCUGGCCAAUGGCAAGGAAAUCGAUGUCCUGACGUUGGGCGCCAAGGAUCAGGAGCAAAUGAUAGCCGAUCGCAAUAAGCGAACAAUUGGACUGCUGCGCGAACUGUUUCCCGACAUCACCAAGAAUGGAGCCAGCGAUACCCAGAUCGAUUUGUCCGCCAUUAACAAACAGUUGGAGGAGACGAUCCGAGUGGCCAGACAAGUGAAGGAGGCAGAGGCAGCUGCCGCCGCAGUGGCCGCCCAAACCCAAUCCCAGUCAUCCUCCUCGUCACCCAUCGCCCAGGCGCCAAUUCCCUUGAAGUCCAACGAACCCAUCCAGUUGAGUUUCAACAACGAACUCCCCAGCGUCUCUACCGGAGUGCCAGUCAGUGAUGUGAAGACCCUGAGCACAAACGAUCUGCAACUGUCGGAGUCCAAGUCACCGGCCAUUGAUGAGCUGACCCUCGACUCGGCGGAGGAGACCGCUGAGCUGGAUGACCGCAACAAGAGUAAUCUGUUCAAAAGGUUCCUCAACUUUGGCGGAGCGGGUCUGGCCGGUGGCUCCAGCGGCGGUGGUGCCGGCGGCUCACCCAGCGGCAAUGCCCUCGGAGCUGGCGGCUCUGGCAACUUCCUGCUGGACGUGGUUCGGCUCUUCUCGGGCAGCGUGCAGACCCAGCAGGGCGAUGAGGCGGCCAACUCUGUGGGCGGAGGAGCCAGCAGCACCAGCGGCAGCCUGGGCGGCGAUGGUGAUGCGGAGACGGACAGCACUCGCACGGCUGAUGGCUACACCGAGGGCAUUCCCGGCCCAGUGACGCGUCUCGUGGUGCUGGCCAAUCGCGGCCUGGCCAAUCUGGUCCAGGACUUGAUACUGCGCGUUGCGGCCACCAGCGAGAAGUUUGUGAACUUCAAGGCCAAGCUGAUAACGGCGCUGAUCUAAGGUCAGGUCAGGGGUCGGCAUGGCCAUGUCCUCGCCCGAAUUAGUCAAGUCACUCAAACUGUACAGAGUCAAAUGCAGCAGAUCUUUCCCCUUCUCUUACGCUCCAACCCCGCCUCUGUCUCUGUUCCUUACACCCCCCAUACACACACACACACACCACCCACAACCCACACCACCCACAACCCACUCACCCACACGGAGACAAUUGUGUUGUGCAUCAUUCGAUCAAAGAAAAUUUCCUGGCAAUGUCAACAUUUUUUUUCUCAAAUUUUUUAGCAAAUU